GCUGGAAUACCAAUGAGUGACAUUUGACCGGCAGCGUUGGACGUUAGCGCACUGUCGGCCAUCUUGUUUUUCGAUUAAAAUAGUUGUUUUUUAGUGUUAAGUGCGCAAAGGAAUAUUAUAGUGACUGCUUGCAUUUGUGAUCGUAAGUUCCAUCAAAAUGGGGUUCCUAGAAGAGCGGAACUUCGAAGAUGUGCCAGAAAUUCCUGAGUACUACAAAGGGAAGACCAUCUUCAUUACUGGAGGUUCUGGAUUCAUGGGAAAGGCAUUAAUUGAGAAGCUGCUUUACUCCUGCUCAGAUUUGGACAGAAUCUACCUUCUGUUGCGCACCAAGAAGGGAGUGAAAGCUGAAGAUAGACUGGCGGAGCUUUAUUCAACAGGGUGUUUCGAUCGACUAAGGGAGGAAAAGCCAGAUAUCUUCUCAUCGAAAGUGUUUGUUGUCGCUGGAGAUGUCAUGGACCCUGGACUAGGAUUGUCAGAAGAAGACCGGGCUCUUCUAGUCAAUAGGGUGAAUAUUAUCUUCCACGUAGCGGCUAGCGUCAGAUUUGACGAUCCCCUCCCUUUUGCCACUAAGCUGAACCUUGGAGGCACUAAGGAAGUGGUGACCUUAGCCAAAGAAGUGAGAAAUCUAUCGGCCUUAGUCCACGUUUCAACAGUAUACUCGAACACCAACCGUGACGUCAUCGAGGAGGUGAUGUACCCCCCACACGCGGACUGGAAAGACACGCUCGAGGUGUGUGACGUCAUAGAUGAGCAUUCUCUGCGAGUUUUGACGCCUAAGUAUCUUGGAGACAUCCCCAACACGUAUACCUUUACGAAGCAGUUGGCAGAACAUGUGGUGUAUGAGCAGAAAGGCCAGCUACCCGCAGUCAUCAUUAGACCGUCCAUUGUGAUAUCCAGUGUGGAGGAGCCGGUUCCUGGCUGGAUCGAGAACUUCAACGGGCCAGUCGGAAUGCUAGUCGCUUGCGGCAAAGGCAUAAUGCGGAGUAUCUAUACCGACCCCAACCUGAUAUCUGACUUCAUGCCAGUGGAUGUGUCCAUCAAGAGCAUAGUCACCGCCGCCUGGAUACGGGGGACUAAGAAGCUAGAGCCAUCAGACGACGUCCAGAUCUACAACUGCUGCGCUGGCAAGCUGAACAACAUCACCAUGCAGGAGUUGGUCGACAUCGGCAAGCGACUGGCAGCCUCCCUUCCUCUUAACGACACGCUCUGGAAUAUUGGGGGUUCCAUUACUACGUCACGGACCAUCCAUUAUAUCAAGGUGCUGAUACUCCACUGUUUACCGGCGAUUUUUGUUGACGCAAUACUAUUGCUGCUCGGAAAGAAACCUUUAUUACUAAAAGUCCAACGGCGUAUCUACAUAGCAAACCUGGCUCUCCGCUACUACAUCACCAAGGAAUGGACCUUCGACAAUACCAACUUCAUCCAGCUCAGAUCUCGUAUAAAAGAGCAGGACAAAAAACAUUUCUACUACGACAUAGAAAACGUUGACAAGGAGGAGUAUUUUAGAAAAUCUUGCAUUGGAGGGAGAAAGUAUCUUUUGAAAGAGAAAGAUGAGGAUCUGCCUAAGGCCAAGGCUCAUCAUAAAAGAAUGGUAAUCCUAGAUAAGACAGUGCAGUGUAUUUUCUACGGGUACCUAUUCUGGUGGGUCGUGAACACGCACUACAUUAAGGGCCUUACUGACUUCCUGUACGAAAUAUUUACUAUGUGAAGUGUGUAUGUGAUUGUGUUAUAGUGUGUGAUUUAUAUUAUUCAUUAAAUUUUGUACAAUA